AUUCUUUCAACAUCUGCUCACAAUAUAUACAAACAAAAUCUGAUCUGAAAGCUAGAAAUCAAUUCUCGAUAGCCUAUUCUAUGUUUAGAAGUUCUAUUUUGAGACGUCAUCUACUGUUUUCUGUUUUAUAAAAUAACAAUAACGUGUACUUCAUUGAAGGCUGGGGUUUUUAUUAGAAACUACAAAGAACGUUCUAUCCAGUCGCUACUACCUGUUGUAUCCUGCAGACAUCCUUAACCCAUCCUUUUCCUCCUGAUCCUUAACACAAGAUCCUUUUACAAGAUUCUCCAAGGGUUUAUCAGAGAUUGUGAAGGUUUCAAGAUACACUGGAAGUUGGUUAUAUGUAUUACGCCUGUACUAUGAAAUCCUACGAUUUUGUGAGCUGGUAAUAAUAAAUUGUGACUCAAGGAUAUUAACUCUACUAAGCUUUCCAAGAUAUUUUGUGUAAUAUCUGGUAGUAUAACUUUACAAAAAGAGAAGAGAAUACAAAAAAAGAAGAAAUCUUAGGAUUUUGUUAGCUUGUAAUAAUUGUGACUCAAGGAAUUAACUCUACUAAGCUUCCCAAGAUAUUUUUAAUAAUAUCUGGUAAAAUAACUUUACAAAAAGAGAAGAAUACAAAGAAAAUAAGAGCAUAGAAUACGAAGAAAAGAAUAGAAUACUCCACAAAGGGAAUAUAACUCAAUAAAGUUCCUUAUUUUUAUGUGUUGGAAACAUUAUAGAUUUCCAAGAGUUCUCAAAGAUUGUAAAGACUUGAACAAAAAAUAACAUUUUCUAAGGAAUUCCACGAUUUUGAGAGUUGAUAACUCAUCACUCAAGAAUUGAAUUAUAAAGCUUUCAAUAUGUUGUGCUUUAGAAAUCUUAAAGACUAGUUCCUAGAGGUUCUCCAAGAUUUUGUGUGCUAAUAAUUGAAACUUUCAUGAGGUUUUGUGAAGUUUGUCAAGAUUUUCAUCAUAUUUUGUGUGUUGUAAAUGUUGAAGGCUAGCUCCUAAAGGUUCUCCAACAUUUCUAAAGCUAAAAAUUUAUACUUUUUUGAGAGUUCUCUAAGGUUUUGUGAGUUGAGAAUCAAGAUUUCCCCAUAUUUUGUGAGUCGGAAAUCUAAAAGGCAAGUUCCCAGGAGUUCUACAAGGCUUUGUAAGCUAAUAAUUUUAUUUUAAAAGGUAAUCAUUUUGAAAUCUUGAAGGUUUGUUCAGACUAGGAGUUCUCCAAGACUUUGUGAGCCAAUUAUUGAAACUUUUUCGAGUGGUUUGAGGUUUUGUGUGUUGGAAAACAAGAUUUUUGUUAAAUUUUGUGCAUUAAAUCUUGAUAAUGUCCGAAGAUCUGUCGAAAAGAAUGAAAGAAAUUGUCAUGGAAGAAGACAAGUCUGGCUAUGUUAUCGACCGAGUCUCCAACUCCAUGUUGGAAGAUGCUGACGGGGAGGUGAAAGAGAAGAAGGAGGAAACGGUGAUAAAGAAGGUGGUUCCAAAGAAGACGAAAAAGGUGAAGGAGAAGAAUGGAGAUUCGGGAGACGAGGAUGGAGCUAACAUCCAUCACAGGGAGAGAGACAGAGAUGAGAAUAGGAGAGCUACGGUGGUCUCAUUUGAGACGUCCGACGAGGAACAGGGAAGUGAGGGGAAGGGAAAGAAGAAGGAGGGUGAGAAAAAUGCGGGUGUAAAAGCGUGCUCGAGCAAGGACAGUCAGCCUGAAGGCCAGGAUGUGGUGGAAACGCCGAGGAGAACUUUUGCCAGCUUACUCACUCCUUACAAGCGGCUUUCUCUGGUUGCUGAUACGGCUGACCUGAAGGCCAAGCUCGCCGAAGCUGGUUCAAACCUUGUUGUCAUCGACUUCUUCGCCACAUGGUGUGGACCAUGCAAAAUGAUCUCGCCAAAAGUUGAGGAAUUGGCAAAGGAGUUCCCAGAUGUGGUGUUUCUGAAGGUGGACAUCGAUGAAUGCGAUGACAUUGCCACCGAAUAUGAUGUGCAAUCUAUGCCUACGUUCAUCUUCAUCAAGAACAGUGCUAAGAUUGACGGUUUCUCAGGGGCCAACUACGAUAAGCUGAAGGAGACCGUUCAAAAGCUGAAAUAGAAGAUGCGCUCUUAGAGUAAGAACCAUAUGGGUGAUGGUGGAGGAGCAGCCCCAAUAAACAUGCAGCAGUCAAGGCUUUUCAACACGCAAAUCACACACAAUCACUCUUGGUCCAAAAAUGAGCUAAUCCUCUCUCCUUCUUCUGAUCAACUUCUUCUUUCAAUCAGUAUUUAAUGCUGGUUGAUCGUUUCAUCUUCAUCAGUUAUCGUUCACCGACCACAAUGUUCAUUCUUCGUUUUUUAUAAUUUCAGUUUUUUUAAUUUUCAAAAUGGUUGUUAGGAUACAAUGAAUGUAUUACAUUACUAUGUUCAUUCAUCGUUUUUUAUAAUUUCAGUUUUUUAAUUUUCAAAAUGUUUGUUAGGAUACAAUGAAUGUAUUACAUUACAAUGUUCAUUCAUAGUUUAUUAUAAUUUCAGGUUUCUAAGUUUCAAAAUGUUGUUAGUUUCGAGUUUACAAUGAAUGUACUUUAGACUAAAUGAAUUAAUUGUUGAUUCAAUGAACUGUAGUACUCAAAUGUUUUGCAAAAUGUAACAGCUCUCAUUGUUUUUUGAUUUGUUUCUUCAAUUUCCAAAAUUUUCGAGUAUACAGGGAAGUGAAUUGUUGUUUUACACAGAUUUAUAACUGUAUUAGUAGAUUGAACUCCCUUCGAAAUAAAACUCAUUCAAUAUUAUUGAUAAAUCUUGUUUAAAGUUUACUUUCUGUUUUGUUUAGUGGUAAAUUGUUGUUUAUAAAUCUAUUAAUGAUUGUGGUUCACAUUCCAAACUUGCUGAAUUUUUUUAUGAAGCUAACUGCUUAUUUUUCACGAAAUUGAUGAAAUUCAUUGAAAGUACCGGAUAGAGUUAUGUAUUUAUCAUUGUGGCCUUACGUUACACUCAUUUUGGAUUAAAUCUGUUUCCUUGAAAUGGAA